AUGGCACGCCGCGCGGAUGUCCUCCUGGCCUCGGUCCUCGGCGUCGCGGUGACCCUCACGCUCGCGUCCCUGGUGGUGGACGCGACGGACGCGCGAGCCCGCGAGCCGCGGGACCCGGCCGAGAAACCCGGAGCGUCGCCGUGCUGGGCCCGAAGCCCCACGAACGCCUCGAGGCUGGUGCCAAAAGAGGGGGGGUGCGACGGCUUCGACGCGGACGAGGUGGGCGGCGUCGAUCGCGCGCGAAAGCUCGACGAGUGCGCCUGCGUCUACGCGCAGGCGGUGUGCGACGUGCAGCCCGGCCUCGUGUGUUCGGUUCCAGACGGGCGCUACGUGUGCAGAGACGAGGCUACGGGCGCGGUGGGCGGGACAGCCGGGCAGGAGCUGCGGGUUCCCUGCCUUCAGAGCCUCUGCACGUCGGUGACGUGCCCGCUGGACCCGCGAACGCUGCCCUUGGGCGACGACGGCGCGAGCGCCGCGAAGGUGUGCGACGUGUGCGAGAUGUACGGGUACGCGGCGGGUACAGGCGAGCUCCGGGCCCAGGAGGGUUCGAGGUGCGGAGGCGAGGUCCGGGCCCAAGGCUUGAGGUUCGGCCCGAAGGCGGCGCUGCUGGCGUACUCAGCCUUCAUGUUUGUGGACUUCACCAUGGCCGCCGCGGCGGCGGGCAAACCGCUGCCUCAGGACCUGCCGACGACGUCGCAGUAUCCGGAGUAUCAUCACGGCCAACCGUCGGCGCCCGUGUUGCUCCCGGAGAUCCUCGAGCAAGACACGGGAGGCGACUGGCAAACGACGACGACCGCUUACGAAUACCCGCCGACCACCACCACCUACGAGUACCCGCCGACGCCGCCGACGCCGCCGUCUCCGUCCCAACAUCCGUCCCGACCUCCGCCGCUUCCGUCUCUGUGCGACGUGGACGAUCUCAUGGACGUCCUCCCGUCCGCGCUCCCUUCUCUCGUCCCGUGCCUGUCCGGCUCGACCUCGACGUGUUGCCAAAACGUGGCAAACAUCGUGGGGGAGUCGACGGACGCUGACAUGACCGACUGCCUGUGCAAUCGAGACGCCUUCGACGCCCUCGCGGGGUUGCUGAUGGACAACGUCGGGUUGGACCUGGCCUCUCGCCUGGGCGAGUGCGUCGCGAAGGGGUAUCGGAUCAACUUCCCGGCGGAUGAGGGCGGCGGCGGCGGGUGCGACCGGUACGAAAAACGCGAGACGCGCGCGUAUGUUCGGCCCAGAACCGAGAGGAAAGGAGUCGAGGAAAGCGGAGACCCGGACGCGGUCGCUCGAGACCGACCGAGGGCGUCGGUGACCGCGCAGAGUCGCGCGCGGAACGCGGCGGGCCCGCGCGCGGGAAGCGACGAGGCGCCGGCGAGGGGAGACGAUCGAUAA